AUGAAAAUCACUAUCAAAUUCGGAGAUCGAGUAUUUGAACUUAAUGUGGAGCCUAAUACCAAAGUCAAAGAUCUCAAAGAUGAAGUCGCUAGAUUAACUCUUGUCCCUCCUCACCUUCAGAAAUUAAGCUUGAUCAGCUCAGGAGCAAAAGUAUUUCCCAUUUAGGUUUUACUUCCAACUUCAUCAAAAAUUUCUCUAUUCAAUGUACAUAAUGGAACUGAAAUCUUCUUAGAAGCUGUAAAUGUUACUUAGAAAGAAACAGAAAAUCCUAUCGCUCCUCAGCCAACACAAGAUGAUAGAAAAGCAGUGAGAAGUCGGACUGCUCAGCCAGUUUUUAAUCCUGCUCCAGUAGCUCAUGUUCAAGAAAGAGGCUCCCUUACCCCUUCUAGUGUAGAAAAAAUUAUAGAGCAUGAAGAGAUUGAAAGCCCAAGCGUAGAGUAUGAGCCAUGACUAACUCAGUGUGUUCUUGCAUGCCAAGAAGGAAAAGUCCGAGAUUUAUUUUCAGUGCUGAAAGAUUAUAUGAGAAAGAGAAAUAUGCGAGUACUUGUGGAAGAUGUUACUGAGUUUUUAAAUUCGCCUCAUAAUGGAAAAUGAAGUUGCAUUCAUUUCGCUUGCUAUAUGGGCCAUGCUAAUAUAGUAAAAGAAUUAAUUGAGCUCGGAGUUAAUUGUAAUAUUGAGACUGACGAUCAUUGAACUCCUUUACAAAUAGCUUGCUACCAAGGUCAUAAAGACUGCGUUGAGCUACUGUUGAACCAACCUUAUAUACAGAUAAAUAAAAUGACUGCAGAACGAGGAACUGGCCUUCAUUUAUCUUCAUUAAUGGGGCAUACAGAAAUAGUCAGACUCCUGCUUGACAAAAGAGCUACUACCAAGCUUGAAGAUCCUUACGGAAAAACUGCAUUGGAACUAGCCACAAAUAUUGACAUUGCUGAAUUGAUACCCAAGUACAUCGGUGAAGAACUAUUAGAAAAAUACGGCCAAAAAAAUCACGAAAGACCUGCAGGAUUCAACGGUGAAGUCUACUCUAUUUCAUCCUGGCAAAUUAAUGACAAGCUUGUAUUUCUAGUAAUUGAUACACAAAAUGGCACUUUUAUCCACUAUAACAAUAAAAAUGCAUAUUUAGAAGGCAUACAGCCUGACAUCUCUAUACCAUUUGUGGAUAUACAAGAAGUUAAAAGUGUUACAUCUACUAUGUCCGAAGAUAAAUUUUAUUUUGUUGUGAGCACUCGUGACAUCACAUUGAAAUAUUAUACAAAUUCGAAAGAUAAAUCGGCAGAGUGAAUAACUCGGCUAUAUGAGUGCAUAAAUUUCUUCCAUCUAUAUAUCCAUCGUCCAGAGAAUAGAGAAUGGCUUGAGAAUCAAGAAGAAAACCGAAUUCCUAUACAGAUGGCAAGCUUUGAGCAUCGAGAAAGCUUUGAAGAAGAAGCCGUUGAAUAUAAUGAAGGAAGACAUAUCAAUGAAGACAGCUUUGACGUUGUCGAAGAAAUCGGCUCAGGAAGCUUUGGGCAUGUUUAUAAAGUCAUCAAAAAAGACAACCAAGAGAUUUAUGCUUUGAAAGUCUUGAACAAAACCAUGCUAAAAUCUCAAAAGCAACUAAAAUAUGCAAUUGCAGAGUGCAAGAUAUUAAAAUCCAUCAGGCAUCCAUUCAUUAUACCUAUAUACUGGGCAUUCCAAACUAAUAGACAUUUAUUUAUGACUUUAGAAUACUGUCCAAAUGGAGAUCUGUCUCUUAUAUUAGAGCAUGCUCAUUACUUAAGCACUGAAAUUUCUAAAUUUUACAUAGCAGAAACUAUAUUAGCUAUAGAGCACUUGCACUCUAUGGACAUUGUAUAUCGUGAUUUAAAGCCUCAGAAUAUCCUAGUCGAUGAAUUUGGCCAUAUAAGAUUAGCAGAUUUUGGCUUGGCCAAGGAAAAUGUUACUGAGAGCAACCCUGCUAUGUCAUUUUGUGGAUCUCCAGCUUAUCUGCCACCUGAGCUUCUGGCUCAAACAGGUGCUUGGAAGCCAGCUGAUGUUUAUUGUAUAGGUGCUAAUUUAUAUGAAAUGCUUGUAGGGCAGCCUCCUUUUUAUACAGAAAAUAUUACUGUUUUAUAUCAACGGAUAUCUAAAUCAAGAAUAAAAUUCCCUGAAGGGAUAGACCCAGAUGCCAAAGAUUUAAUUAAUUUAGUAAUGAAUAAAAACCCAGAGGAGCGUCCCAGUAUUCAGCAAGUAAAGCAACAUAGUUUUUUCAGAGACAUUAAUUGGGACGACCUUUUUGCCAAAAAAAUCGAGCCGCCUAUAAGCCAAGACGAUUUCAAAAAAUUAAAAGUUUUAAAAGAAAAGAAAAAACAAAAAAGACAAUAA